AUGGAGGAAGACACGGACGAGAAUGAGGUCGUCCAGUAUGCCACAGACAAUAGGCUACUCCGGCAUCCCUCAUCGAACCUCAAAAUUGAAGCCUGGUUGUCACCGUUGAGCGACCACUUCCCCACCCCACGAGGCUUUCACUUCCUUUCCGCACCAAUAUUACCCUCGUCACCGUCCAGUAACUCGAACGAAGAGGCGAGCUCUCCCUCCACCACCUCGAACCCCUGGAAUAAUAACCGAACGAGCGUGAUGACGGACGUCACCGAGUUCGACGAUCUGUACGAUGUUAGUGAUGAGGACGUGCAGCCGGCAUUCCGACGAGUGCCCUCGCGAAAAUCGUCAAUGAGGAGGCUCAACUCGGCUCGCAAUGAGGCGCCAAAGGAGGCGACGACUGGCGCUCGUAGAGCUUUGCCUCCUCUGGUGAUUCCCGCGGGACGAAGUUCAUCCACGGAGGAUUGGUCUGCCGGGCUCAAGAAGACUCUAGCAUCCCCAGUGCCGCCGACGCCGCCAACCCGUGUCGAAAUGUCUCCUGCUGUGGUCUCGUUCAUGCAGGCUCAACAUGCUCAGGAGGUGCCUACCAUCUCCGCCCCGCCGUCGUUGGAUGGAAGUCUGAGUUCAGAACAAUUGGCUCAGAUGUCAGCCCCCCCGACUCCAAUUAUCGGUAGUGAAGGUGGUGGAAAGGAAGAGGAGGAUUGGUCUGGUGUCAGACUCCAACCUGGCGCUCUCGCAACUCUACAUGCUCUGUCUGGGGAUGGCGACAGCUUGCACGAGCAUGAAGAUGUCGCUGGACAGGUGAUUGAGAUCCCGCAGGAACCCGUCUCCGAGAUGCGCCAGCAGCCCUUGCGAAUCAUAACCAACCUGCGGCCUCGCCCGGCGCGCGUUGCGGAGCUUACCCCUAACACCCAUCGUCGGUCUCUUGCCGACCUCACCAAGCUCGACAUCCCGUCCCCCGGCGGUUUCUUCUCUGGCCUCUCGCCCAGAACAAGAACAACAUGGCACAUGCCUUCGAGAUCUCCCGAAGACAUGGUGCCGCCGACGUCUACUACUGCAGAGCAGUUCUACCGCUGCCCCUGGAAUGUGGACGCGUCCGUUCCUCCGGUACCCGUUGCGCCGGCCAGGUUUGUUGCCAACCAUCUCAACGACUCCAGCGAGUCUAUUGAGCAAUUUUACCGCAACUCCCUACCAUCCCCUCCCUUGAUCGUUGAACAGGUUGUGGAGAUCAAGGAUGAGGUACCGGACGAAGACGAUAUGCCCACUGCCAGGCCCAUCGUCCCAGCGGUCGUCUCGACCUCAUCGCUGACUUUGGCCGAGCCGAUCUCACCAGACCAUGAGGAUGCGCCGACAGAGAUUGUCACGGCCUACGAUCCCGAGUAUGCUCGCAAGCAGCAGGAGGUCGCACUGUCUAACCUUGACCGCACUGAGAUGUGGCUUCUGGCUCAACGCGCCUAUCUCAAACCAGUAGAGGUCGAGGACAGCGGCGAUGAUAGCGGCAAAAAUCUUGACACCAUCCCCGAGGUUGUGGACGAGGACGCCGAUAGCUUGCCGGAACCCGAGACAGCCAUGCCGCCAAAGAAAAAGACCGUUCGCUUCUCUGAAUUCGUAGCCAAGACGAAUAUCCCAUGCCGCCUGCCAUCGAAGCUUCUCAGACAGGAAUCCGCUUACUAUCGCGCCUUCCAGGACUAUGUCAUCCGCUCGAGCAAGCAAGACGUCUUUGUUCAUCAGCUUCCGCGGUUCGAAGCUCUACAAGCCCAGCGAGUCUGUCUCCGGGAAUUUCAUCGCAACCAGCUCCUCGGCAAGUACCAGCUCAGCGUCGUGCCCCAGUCAGCCAAGAAACGUCUCAGUGCCAACGUCGCCCGCGGCGACGACAUUCUCAUUGACGACCCUGAGAAGAUCAAGCGCGAGAAGGAACAUGAAGCCAUGUCCCAGAUGGCCAUCUCCACAUGGCACGUAGCCGCUAUCAGGAUGCUCAACGGCGGCAAGCUCAUUUCGGCACCCGUCGCAAAGCGCCUUGCACGCGUAUCCCGCAUGGCUCCCGGUCGCGAUGGCGUGGCGCGCGACAGGGCUCGCAUUCUUGAUCUCGGCGGUCAGUCAACCUGCGACUGGGCGUGGCACUGCGCACUUCAGUAUCCCAACACGAAGAUCUACACCGUCACCACCAAGACGAUCCGCCAGCUGUCCAACUCCAACAUCCGAGGCCCGCCCAACCACCGCCAGGUCGCCGUCGAGAGGCUUACCCGCCUCCCCUUCAAAAACGACCAGUUCGAUCUCAUCUCGGCGCGCGAACUUCACAGCAUCCUCAAGUUUGUCGGCGAGAACGGUGAAGACGAGUGGGAGACGUGCCUCAAAGAAUGCAUGCGCGUUCUCAAGCCAGGCGGCUACCUCGACUUCUCCGUCCUCGACUCGGACAUCAUGAACGCGGGGCCCUUGGGUCUGGCCAAGAGCGUCGAGUUCGGCUUCGACCUCAAGACCCUGGGAUACGACCCCAACCCUACAAAGAUGUUUCUCGGCCGUCUUUCUCGCGCGGGUUUCGACGAGGUCCGCCGCGCGUGGAUGUGCCUCCCCAUGGGGGCGCGACCCCCGUCGCUGCAGCAGGGCAAGCCUCUGCCCUCGCUUCCCGUUCGUGACAGCCCAACAGGCGAGGAGGUGCGUACAGUGACCAUGGAAGCCAUGUUGACGGGCAGCACCGACGGCAUCGCGAACCUAACGGGUAUCGUCGGCGGCUGGAGCUGGGAGCGCUGGCUAUUGCGUUGUGAGAUGGAGAAAGUCAGCGGCGAGCUGCGGCUCGCCGACACGGUGACAGACGGCGCGACCAUGAGGGAGGCUGGUAAGAGUGUCGAGGGUGUUGCGGCUAUAGUCGAGGAGGGCAGGAGCUGCGGAGCGGGAUGGAGGAUGCUGAGCGGGUACGCGAGGAAGCCCAAAGCUGGCACCGGUUUCAUCUCGGUUGGUAUCGCAGAGUAG